AUGGGGCUGCGGCUGCUCGUCGGGCUGCUCUGGGCCCUGGGCGGCAGCGGCUCGGGGCUCCCCGGGCCCCGCCACGAGUCCGGGCCCCACGGAGCCGGCUGGGGCGCCCGGCGCGCAGGCGGCAGCUCCAGACGGCAGCGUGAGGACCUGGGACAUUAUUGGCACGUGACGCCCCGGAUCCUGCAGGGCAACCGGACACUCAGCAUGGCUGAGACAGAGCUGGACGGCUUCCCAGCCCGGCUGCAGGUGGCCCUGGACCUGGAGGGGGUGCAGCUUGUGCUGGAGUUAGAGCAAAACCGGGAGGUGGCUCCGGGCGCCCGGGCGCUGCUCUAUUACCUGCCCAACGGCACGCGGGUAACGCAGGCCACUGGCUCGCAGGGAAACUGCUGCUACCGGGGCCAUGUCCGGGAGUAUCCAGGCUCCUGGGCCAGCGUCUGCGCCUGCUCCGGACUCAGCGGCGUCCUCGUGGCCUCGGAGAACAGGAGCUACGGCCUGGAGCCGGACCCCCAGGGGCCCCGCGGGAGGCACCUGGCCUACAGGCCCCGGGAUGUGCGGCUGGGACAGAGGGAGUGUGGGCUGGGCCCCCCCAACCACACGCAGCCGCUGCUGGACCCGGAGCCGCGCAGGGGGAAGCGGGAUGCAGCCCCAGAGCAGCCCUUCGUGGAGCUGGUGAUGGUGGUGGACCAUGCAGAGUUCCAGAAUUACCCCAACAUGGAACGGAUCCAGACCCGGAUGCUGGAGAUCGCCAACCAGGUGGACACGUUCUAUCGGCCCCUGGGCGUCCGCGUGGCGCUGCUGGCGGUGGAAGUGUGGAACCAGGGGGACCCCAUCACCGUGGGGCCCAGCGCCCGGGCCACACUGGAGCGCUUCCUGCAGUGGAGGCAGAAGGAGCUGCUGCCCCGGCUCCCGCAUGACAACGCCCAGCUGCUCACGGGGGCCCCGCUGGAGGGGGUGGCGGUGGGGAUGGCGUCCCAGGCCUCCAUGUGCUCGGCCGCGCGAUCAGGCGGGGUCAGCGUGGAUCACUCGGUCAGCGUCCUGGUCGUGGCCUCCACCGUGGCUCACCAGCUGGGCCACAACCUGGGCAUGACCCACGACGGUGCCGGGCGCCACUGUGACUGUCUCGGCCCCUACCAGGAGCGGAGCUGCAUCAUGGCACCGCCCACGGGGCUGAUGCCCGGUCUGAGCUUCAGCAGCUGCAGCCGGCAGGACGUGGAGCGGAGCCUGCGCCGGGGCCAGGGCUGGUGCCUCUUCAACGUGCCCGAGCCCAAGAGCUUGGUCGUGCGCCCGCACUGCGGGAACUGGCUGGUGGAGAAGGACGAGACGUGCGACUGCGGCCUCCGGGAGGAGUGCACUGACCCCUGCUGCAACGCCAGCAGCUGCCAGCUGGCCCCUGGAGCUGAGUGCGCCAAGGGGGAUACCUGCUGCCAGGACUGCAAGCUGCGAGGGGCCGGCUCCACGUGCCGGGAGCCCCGUGGUGAAUGCGACCUCCCCGAGUUCUGCGACGGGCUCUCCCCACGCUGCCCUCCCAACACGUACCUGCAGGACGGGCAACCCUGCGCCGGGGGCCGGGCCUCCUGCUACGGGGGGGCCUGCACCACCUACCAGGGCCAGUGCCAGGAGCUGUGGGGCCCAGGUUCGGGCCCUGUCUCUGACGUCUGCAUGGCCUCCCUGAAUGCCAGGGGGGAUGAGCAUGGGCACUGCGGGCAGCGCCCCAACGGCACCUACAUCCCCUGUGCCCAGUGGGACGCUGGCUGUGGGAGGCUGCAGUGCCAGGGGGGCAGUGCCCAGGGCACCCUGGAGGAUGGGGUGGCACCUGGCUGCCGUGGGACCCCCCUGCCCCUGGGCGAGGAUGUGAGUGACCUGGCCAUGGUGCUGCCGGGCACGGCCUGUGGCCCCGGGAAGGUGUGUAUCAGAGGCCAGUGCCGGGACAUCUCCGAGCUGGGAGUGCAGGAGUGUGGGAGCCAAUGCCACGGGCACGGGGUCUGCAACAACAACGGGCACUGCCACUGUGAGGCGGGCUGGGCCGCCCCCGCCUGCAACAACCCGGGGUCCGGGGGCAGCGUGGACAGCGGCCCCGGGGGCCUGGAGCAAGGGGGCAGCGCGCUCCCCACCACCCUGAUCCCGGCCACGGUGAUCCUGGUCCUCGCUCUGGGGCUUUGCUACGCCAAGCGCGCCAGCCUGCACCAGCACCUCUGCCAGCUCGGCAAGGGCACCAGCUGCCAGUACAGCGCCAAGCCAGGGCCCCAGGUGCAAUUGCUCAGCGCAGGAGUCUCGGCCGAGCCGAACGGGAUCUCUCAGCUGGAGCCGCGAGGCUCCACCGAGCCCCACCCCAGGCGCCCGCGGCCCCUGCCUGCAGAGCUGCAGAUGAUGCCCAUCAGUAAGCCCAUUCCCCACGGCUGGGCCCGGCCCGACCCGCCUUCCAAGCCGCUCCCGCCUGACCCGUUUCCUAAGGAAUCCCAGGCCUUGCUGCGGGACAGGCCGCCCCCCCCCACGCGCCCACUGCCUGCAGACCCUGUGCUGAAAGGCGCUCAGCCGCCAGGCCCUGCCAAGCUGCCCCUGCCCAGGAGGCUGCUGCCCUCGGAUCCCACCGGGCCCCUCGUCUCCGGGCCUGAGCUGUCCUCGGUGCACUCCUACGGCCCCCACGUCAUGGUGCUGCCCUCCAGGCCAGCUCCCCCGCCCCCCGCUGGGCAUCUCCAGUACACCUAG